AUGUACGGCGCUUGGGAGUGUGGCGGCGCUACUCGGGAAAGUACCCCGGAGCGAAUGAUCCGAGAAGACUGUGUCUAUCAACGAACAUUGCUGCAAGAUUGCAAGUAUUUCACGAAUCGCACCGUUGCGAAGAAGGGGAAACUGACUCAACACAAACCAGAAAUAGCACUACGAAAACGCAUUUAUGCCCCCACCAUCUCCAAAGUCGUCUUUGAAAGUGGAUGUGUUGUCUACCAAGGCUCCGAUAAGUUCCACGCCAACGCCGAAGUUAUUCAUUCCCUUCUCUUUCUUUCCGAUUUCUGCUCCAGCAACUGUAUAACUCUUUGA